AUGGCGACCGUCGAUACCGCCGAGCGGCUCUCGAAGCUCAGGCAGUUGAUGCAGCAGCACAAGGUGGAUGUUUACAUUGUGCCCUCAGAGGAUAGCCAUCAGUCCGAGUACAUUGCGCCCUGCGACGCCCGCCGAGAAUUUAUCUCGGGAUUCUCUGGCUCUGCCGGUACUGCUAUCAUCUCUCUCAGCAAAGCCGCCCUGUCCACCGAUGGACGGUAUUUCAAUCAAGCCGCGAAACAAUUGGAUAGCAACUGGGAGCUCUUGAAGCGUGGAGUCGAGGGUGUGCCCACAUGGCAAGAAUGGACUACAGAGGAGGCCCAAGGAGGCAAGGCUGUUGGUGUUGACCCUUCCCUGAUCACAGCCGCUGGUGCACGGAAACUCGCAGAGACGCUGGAGAAGAGCGGCUCAUCUCUCGUCGGAGUCUCGGAAAACUUGAUAGACUUGGUUUGGGGCAAGGACCGUCCAGCUCGUCCUAGCGAGAAGGUGCGCGUGCAUCCCGAGAAGUAUGCCGGCAAGACCUUCCAGGAGAAGGUUGCCGAGCUUCGCAAGGAUCUCGAGUCCAGAAAGAAGGCCGGUUUCAUCAUCUCUAUGCUUGAUGAAAUUGCUUGGCUAUUCAACCUGAGAGGAACUGAUAUCCCCUACAACCCUGUGUUCUUCUCCUAUGCAAUCAUCACACCUACCACAGCCGAACUCUAUGUCGAAGAUGACAAGUUGACCACCGAGGUCAAGGCUCAUCUAGGACAGGACGUCAUUGUCAAGCCAUACGACUCUAUUUUCGCCGAUGCUCAAGCGCUAAGUAUCCGCAGUCAAUCUGCGGGUGAAGCUGCAUCGAAAUUCUUGCUCUCGAACAGAGCUUCCUGGGCGCUCAGCACCAGCCUUGGUGGUGAGGGACAGGUCGAGGAGACCCGCAGUCCCAUUGCGGAUGCCAAGGCCAUUAAGAACGAGACUGAACUCGAGGGUAUGCGGGCAUGUCACAUUCGCGAUGGUGCUGCCUUGACCGAAUACUUUGCUUGGUUAGAGAACGAGCUCGUCAACAAGAAGACUGUACUCGACGAAGUUGACGGAGCCGACAAAUUAGAGCAGAUUCGCUCCAAGCACGAGCUGUUUGCUGGUCUCUCAUUUGAUACCAUUUCCUCGACUGGUCCCAAUGGUGCUGUCAUUCACUACAAGCCCGAGAAGGGAAGCUGCGCUAUUAUCGAUCCUAAGGCCAUCUACCUUUGCGACUCUGGCUGUCAGUACUUCGAUGGGACGACCGACACCACGAGAACUUUCCACUUCGGUACUCCCACUGAGUUUGAGAAGCGCGCUUUCACUUUGGUACUCAAGGGCACGAUUGGAAUUGACAUGGCCGUGUUCCCUAAGGGCACCAGUGGCUUUGCAAUCGAUGUCUUGGCCCGCCAGCACUUGUGGAAGGAAGGCCUUGACUUCCUCCACGGAACAGGCCACGGCGUUGGCUCAUAUUUGAAUGUCCACGAGGGUCCUAUUGGCAUUGGAACCCGCGUGCAGUACACUGAAGUCCCCAUUGCUGCCGGCAAUGUCAUUUCAGAUGAACCCGGAUACUAUGAGGAUGGCAAGUUCGGCAUCCGGAUUGAGAAUGUCGUCAUGGCCCGCGAAGUUAAGACCCCUAACAACUUUGGAGACAAGCAGUGGCUAGGCUUCGAGCAUGUUACAAUGACCCCGAUUGGUCGCAACCUGAUUGAGCCGUCCCUGUUGAGUGACGCCGAACUGAAGUGGGUGAACGACUACCACGCUGAGAUCUGGGCGAAGACGGAGCACUUCUUCCAGGCAGACGACUUGACUCGGUCGUGGCUUGAGCGUGAAACCCAGCCCAUCUCCAAGUAA